CGCCGCAACUAGAGAAAACAGAGCAUGAAGAGACGAAGACCGGCGAAGAAAUCUCCGGCGAUGGUGACGGUUAACGAUUGGAAAGGUUUAGAUUCCGGCGAAGAUACGAGACUCGUAAGGAGAUUGAUGAAGUUUGAAGACUUGCCUGAGUAUUUGAAGGACAACGAGUUUAUACACAACCAUUAUCGAUGUCAAUGGUCUCUCAAAGAUACUUUUCUCAGUGCUUUCUCUUGGCACAACGAAACUCUCAACAUUUGGACGCAUUUAUUUGGAUUUGUGAUAUUUCUGUGGAUGACGGUGGUGAGUUGCUUGGAGACGACGGAGCUUAGUCUCGCCGGUGUUUUUAACGGCAUGUCCGGAGUGAGGAUUUGCCUCUCAAGCAAUCAGACUCUGCUUCAUGAUUCGAACGUGACACAACACAUCUCAUGUCUUACCUCUCAAGGAGAAGCUAUUCCAAAAUGGCCAUGGCUCGUGUACUUAGUCGGAGCAAUGGGUUGUUUAAUCUGCAGCUCUGUUUCACACCUCCUUGCUUGUCACUCAAAACGUUUUAACCUCUUCUUCUGGCGUUUGGACUACGCAGGAAUAUCUCUCAUGAUCGUUGCCUCUUUCUUUGCACCAAUCUACUAUGCAUUCUCUUGCCACCCUAACUUCCGUUUACUCUACUUGUCCUCGAUCUCGAUCCUCGGUCUCCUCGCUAUCAUCACUCUCCUCUCUCCCGCUCUCUCUACGCCGCGUUUUAGACCUUUCAGAGCUAAUCUUUUCCUUGCAAUGGGAUCAUCUGCUGUGAUACCUGCUACACAUGUGCUUUGCCUUUACUGGGAUCAUCCUAAUGUGUUUAUCGCCCUCGGUUAUGAGAUUGCCACGGCCUUGUCGUAUUUUGUGGGAGCAACGUUUUAUGUUAGCCGUGUGCCUGAGAGAUGGAAGCCUGGUGCGUUUGAUAUGGCAGGACAUAGCCAUCAGAUAUUCCAUGUGUUUGUAGUUUUUGGUGCUCUUGCUCAUUGUGUCACCACUCUUCUCAUCAUUGAUUUUUCACGGGCUUCCCCUUCUUGUGGGUUUUAGCCAGACGAAUAUUGUUUAGUAAGCUCAUGUGAUCUUGCAUUUUGAUGUUUGUGAUCUUGGUUUGCUUUGGACUGUCCACGGCUAUUCCUAUUUGAAACCGAGACUUGAUUUGUCGAAUCAGAAUUUCAAGAUCGAAAUGAUUCUGAUUACUAAAGUAGACUAUAUGUA